AUGGCUGCCACCGACGUUGACGUGUUUUCGAAUGAAGAGAAGCGUAACCUCAGUUUGGGUGGCCAUGUUGGGUUUGACAGCCUCCCCGAACAGCUGGUCAGUAAAUCGGUCACACAGGGUUUUUGUUUCAACAUCCUAUGUGUAGGGGAGACCGGUAUCGGAAAAUCAACAUUAAUGAACACGCUGUUUAACACCAUGUUUGAGAACGAAGAGGCGAGCCAUUACCAGAACGGCGUCUAUCUGCGGCCUCGAACAUACGACCUGCAAGAAAGCAACGUCCGCCUCAAACUGACUGUCGUCGACACGGUUGGCUUUGGCGAUCAGAUCAACAAAGAGGAUAGUUACAAGCCCAUUGUUGACUACAUUGACACUCAAUUUGAAAACUAUCUCCAGGAAGAGCUGAAGAUCAAACGCUCACUGUUUAACUAUCACGACACCAGGAUCCACAUCUGCCUUUAUUUCAUUGCCCCGACUGGACACUCCCUCAAGUCGCUGGACCUCGUUACUAUGAAAAAAUUGGACAGCAAGGUCAACAUAAUUCCCAUCAUUGCCAAAGCAGACACAAUCUCCAAGAGUGAGCUGCAUAAAUUCAAAAUAAAGAUUAUGAGCGAGCUGGUGAGCAACGGCGUCCAGAUAUAUCAGUUCCCAACAGACGACGAAACAGUCAGUGAGAUCAAUGCCUCCAUGAACGCCCAUCUGCCGUUUGCUGUGGUUGGAAGCCUGGAAGAGGUCAAAGUGGGGAACAAAGCAGUGAGGGCCAGACAGUACCCCUGGGGUGUUGUACAAGUUGAGAAUGAGAGCCACUGCGACUUUGUAAAACUCAGAGAGAUGCUGAUCAGAGUCAACAUGGAGGAUUUGAGGGAGCAGACACACGCCCGCCACUAUGAGCUGUACCGGCGCUGUAAGCUGGAGGAGAUGGGCUUCAAAGAUACAGAUCCUGACAGCGAGCCAUUCAGUCUUCAGGAGACGUAUGAGGCUAAGAGGAAAGAAUUCUUGGGGGAUCUGCAGCGCAAGGAGGAAGAAAUGCGACAAAUGUUUGUCAACAAAGUAAAAGAGACGGAAGCAGAACUUAAAGAGAAGGAGAGAGAGCUGCAUGAAAAGUUUGAGCAGCUGAAACGGAUGCAUCAGGAGGAGAAGAGGAAGGUGGAGGAGAAGCGGAGAGAUCUGGAGGAGGAGAUGAAUGCCUUUAACAGGAAGAAGGUGGCAGCUGAGACGCUGUCCUUAUCUCAGCCCGUCAAGAAAGACAAGGACAAGAAAAAUUAAUUUAUGGGCGCUGUAUACCCUUCCACACACGACCAUGGAUUUGUCCUCCAUCACCAUAGCAGCGACAUCUGUUCUAUUUUUGUUUGUGUUUGUUUGUUUGUUUGUUUUUGUUCUGACAUUCCAUCUUGAUAUUGUGCACACGGACCAAAGACACUGAGGAUGAUGAUGAUGAUGAUGGUGAAGCCACAGGGAAGAAAAGAGUGAAAGAUGGUGAGAGAUAAGGAUAAAAUAUUCACUUUCCAUCAGAGGCCAUCUCAUUUAUUCAGGAUCUUUGUUUGUUUUUAUAUAUGUAUGUAUAUGCAUUUUGUUUUGCUUUGUUUUGAUUUAAAUAUGUUGUCAUUUUUCUUUUUGUUUGAUCAUUAACUAUCCACACAACAGUAAGAAGCUAAAACCAUUCAAAGCUUUCACUGUUUGGUACUACGACAUAACACACCUGGGCAAAAUGUUUGAAACUCCUCAGUAUGUAUUAAAAACAAAACAAAAGGUGUGCUAGAUUUUUAUAGAAGUGACAGUUCUAAAGAAGAUAUCAGUAAAGGUUUUUUUAAGUACAGGAUCUUUCUGAAAUAUUGUCCAGAUUUAAUGUGUCUGUUAAACCUUUUUUUGUACUCAUGGCGAGUUAUUUUCAAUGUAUUUCACAGAAGAAAUAAAGUACCUUUAUCAAAUAAGGCCAAAUAAUACACUUAAAUAGCAAUAACUGAGUACCCGUGUACUGCAUAUUGCAUACACAUAGGUGCUGACAGCCUAAACCUAGCAGUCUUAAGUCUUCUUUUUUUUUUUAAAUGUAUGCAAUAUUCUGGUGCUGUUUCAGAUUAACUCAAUAAAUGUAUGUGAAUAUUUUCUAGAGCUUACCAAGCUUAAUAUGCAAAAUGUACUAGUUUUUUAAUCUGAUAUUAUUGUAAGAAGCACAUAUGAUGGUGUACAUUGUCCGUAAGUGAUUUAACUUUAUUGUUAACCGUAAGUAACUUGAUGUGACUGUUACGACAGUGGACGCAAACACGAAGCCAGUAUACAGACACAGGAUUCAGGAAAAUAUUCAGCUUAAUGUAGAAGAGUUUACACUCAGAGAUGUAGGAGAGAGCAGCUGUAUUUACUGUGUGUCUUUGGAAAUAAAUGCAAACCUCACCCCCCCCCUCUCUUGACUUUGAUGCGUCCCUGCCAUGAUUUGUUCGUCUAUAUUUACCCAGCAGGGAGCUGAAAGUGAAACAAAGGCAGGUGAAGACUCUCGUUCCUUCAGACGCGCAUUAAAACAUCACGCAGAGGCCGACGGCCUCCACUGUAACCCAAACAGCUGUCAGCUCGAGGCGGUGUUUUCUGUUUAGAGAUCCCUAACUGAAGAACAGAGUGGUGUUUGCUCAGCAUAUAAUCCUCCCUGCUUUCACCAUAGCGCUACUGACCUCAGUUGGGUGUGUGUGGGGGUGUGUGUGUGUGGGUGGGUGUGUGUGUGUGUGUGUGUGUGUUUGCCAAAGGAGUGAAAGAAAUAGCCGCAUUUGAACACUUGACAACAGCUUCCUCACUUCAUGUGUACUUCCAGUAUGAAAAUCUAAUUGUGAACAGAUUGACUAAUAUAAGUGGCCUCAAUUCCUGUCAAGCACAAGCUUAAAUAAUAGCAGAUAGCGAAUAUCAAAAAACGAUUAAAAGGGGGUUUGUGUGGAGAUUUGAGUUUCAGGAGCAGGACCUCACCUCACACUCUCCCCUUCCGACUGUACGUCUAUAAACGUCUUCCUGACCGAUGUGCCGGUUUGCGUUUGUUUCCGAUCCGUGUUACUGCUUGCUGCUCAGUCUCCCUCCUUGUCAAUCAGAUAGAUGUGAGCCCCAUUGCCAUUCCUGCGAACCCGUACGAGUUGCUAGCUCAUCACCUCCAGUUUCAGAUCCUCUGUUCCUUACUGAAUCCAGCCACAUCCUACCUGGUUCCCUUCCCAUAUUGAAGUUGCUAGAUUUGAUUAAUGCAAAGGGAUCCCUGACCACCUGAUCAAGGUCAUGAGCCACUGGUUGUUGUAACUCUGCCAUUUACACAUUUGCAGCAACCUCCAGGAUCUUCAUAAUGUGCAGUCAUCACUGCUUUCUGGGAAUGCCUUCUAUGAGCAUCUGCCUGGCCCGGGAACCAGACAGGUACUCAUAGAAGUGACCAGGAUCUUUGUUCACUUCGUCCAUUCACUUUCAGUAAAUCACAUUGUCUAAUCAUAGGUGUGGAGCCUGCUUUUGAAUUCGCUUUAAUUUACUGUAAUAGAUAUACUGUUACAAUGGUGGAUGCUCAUAUUAAACAUGGUUCCAAGUAAA